AUGAAAUCCUACUUGAAGGCCUUCAAUAUUUGGGACGCUGUGGAGACUGGGGUUGAGCCAGCGCUAAUAUAUGCAAAUCCAACCAUUGCUCAGAUGAAGCAACAUGAAGAGAACAUUGCUAAGAGGUACAAAGCUUUGUCUUGUUUGCAAUCUGCUCUGUCUUAUGAUAUUUUUGUUAGGAUAAUGCAUUUAGAGAAUCCUAAAGAAGUUUGGGAUCACUUGAAGGAUGAAUUUCAAGGUAGUGAACGUACCAAACAGAAUCAGGUAUUAAACUUAAAUAGACAAUUUGAGAUGUUGAGUAUGGAUGAUAAUGAGUCUGUUAGGGAGUUUUCAGGAAAAUUGAUGGGUAUUGUGAAUCAACUCAGAUUGUUGGGGAAAGCAAUACUUGAAGAUAGGCUAGUUAGUAAAAUGCUAGUUAGCUUACCUGAAAAGUAUGAAUCUAAAAUCUCUUCCUUAGAAGAUUCCAAAGAUUUAUCACAGCUCACCUUGAAAGAGUUGGUAAAUGCCUUGGAGGGAUUGGAACAAAAGAGAGCAUUUAGGCAAAAAAAGUUAGUUGACAGUGCUUUAGUUGCAAGAACAAAAACUUUGAAAUCGGGUGGCAGCAAUUCUAAAAGAAAUGUAGUUGAGAAGAAGGAGAAAAGGGAAGAAACCAGUGGAUGA